CAUUCCAUUCCUAAAGGGGCGGUCUCAUUUGAAUGCUGAUCUGAAGUCAGCCUGUGCACUUAUGAUAAUGAAUUACCUUUGUUUUCAGGGACGGCAACACUGAACCAGGAUCUUUGUUUGCUGUUUAAGAUGAAAUUAUUCAUGUAGACUGUUAUAAGGACAUGUUAGGACACUCUCAAAGUACGCCCCCUUUUCCUUGUGGCCUUUGUAGAGGCACGCUUAUCCCAAAGAAGGUGCAAAAACAAGGAAGUGCCACAAGAGGAGCGUUUGAAACAGACAGCGCUGUCAAUUUUAGAGCUCAUAAUAACACAUGUGUUCUGUCUCCAGGCACCAGGGUCCGCCAUGGCUGAGAGGCGCCGCAAUCAAGUGGCGCUCUGGCACAUAAGAGUAAUUUGAGCGAUUUACACAGCAUCGCGUGCGAACUCACCGCUUGUCGUGACAGCGGGACAGAUGCUUCUCAGGCAAAUGCUGCCUUCAGUGCGGGGAGCGUGGACGCGCCACGGCGCAUGCUCUCCUACCUCUCCCGACCGGCGGAGGAUGAGAACUGUGGCGUGCUCUACAACGCUCUGUGAGGAGGGGUGCUGAGGUCAUUGUGUCUGCAGGGGAUCUCAUGAUGGAGAAGGAAGAGGAGGGGGAGUCCAGUGGCAACAACCAUAAGACUCAAGUCAUACUGCACCUGCAGCCCAUCUUGCACGGGGGAAGUUAUGACAUUGCAGAUACAAGCAGCACAGUCCUAGCCAUAGAGACCCAACCUGAAGACAGCAAAUCACAGGGUGACAGCGUGGAAUAUGGCUACCCCAUCACUUGUGGAGAAAGCAGAGCUGUUUUACUCUUUAAGAAGUUUGUGUGCCCUGGAAUCAACGUUAGAUGUGUGAAAUUUAAUGAGCAGCUUAUCAGUCCUAAGCAGUUUGUACACCUGGCAGGGAAAGCCACUCUGAAGGACUGGAAAAGGGCCAUCAGACUGGGCGGGGUUAUGCUCAGAAAAAUGAUGGACUCCGGCCAGAUAGAUUUCUACCAGCAUGACACGGUGUGCAGCAACACGUGCCGCAGCACCAAGUUUGACAUGCUAAUCAACAGCACGCAACUUCCUCUGGGAACUUCACUGCAGCCCAACGCCUCGUGUUUGGCUCUGGAGCCUCUUGGAGGACAGGUGCCUCCCCUGACAGGAGAAGUUCUACAUGAUUCAGCUGACAUAGAUGAAUCUUUGGAUGAUAAGUUUGGAGGAGAGUGGAGCACCGCAAACGCCACCACAGCCAAUGGACAUGCAAAGCGGAAGAGGACCGACACACCCGAUGGCAUACUGAGCCUGUGGAAGGGCGUCGCAGAGUGCGGACUGAUGGGGGGCGUCCUCUCCGGCCUUCAGACGCAGUUAUUGGCCACUCUGAAAGGACUUGAAGUCCGCACUGAGAAGGAUGAGCUGCAGGAGAUGGACGCCAUCAUACUAAAUUCCCUGUGUGAGAUGUUUGGGCUUUUAGACUCUGUGAAGCAAGCUCUGGAGCAGCGGUGCGGCCAGAGGGAAGAUAACAAAGUUGAAAACGAUGGCGUUUAUGGUGAUGAAGAGCUGGAGGAAGUGUCAAAGGAAAGAAGGAAGCAGGCCUGGGUAAAAAAUCCAUCCUACAAACACACGUCCCACAAGCACCUUCGACCCCAACGCCACCAUCCACCCAAUACUCAGCUGUCGCCCAUCGUCAGCAACACCGUAAUCCAGCCUCUCUCUCUUAUGGGCUUACCUGCACCGCCGUACACUCAUCCACCCUCCAUGAACCCUCACCACGUCAGCCACUUCCUCGCUCAAAGAGGGCUACGAGGGGCGGCCGGGAAGAACGAAGAGAGGGCGCAGGCGCUCUGUGAGUCGAGUAAAGCCGAGAAGGUGCUCAGGCCGGGACAAGAACUAACCUUGGGGAUCCAACAAGGUGUCGGACAGAAGGGGUGCAAGGGUCCGUCUCAGUUAGGAAGUGAGGAGGCUGAUGAGGGGGAAAGAUUGCGUGAUUUCCAAAAAGUCGGUUUGGGGAGGAAGGGCUUGAAAAAACUUAAAAGUAAAUGAAGCAGACAGAUUUAUGCCCAAAAUUGUACGUUUUCCCUUGUGUAAAAGUAGUUAGAAGAAAUAUGGAAAAAUGAAAUAUUUCUUACGAUAUUUGUAAUCCAAAAUACUUUUGUGGGUGAUUGUAUAAUUGUAAGUGUUGAGUUUUUAUGAUGCAAAUUUUUAAACACCGGCAUCUCACUCAAGCUUGUGUUUUUAGUCACAAUAUAGUUGCUGUCCAAUUAAGUUCAAGUUUUUAUGACUAUAAAAAAAAAAAAAGAAAUAAAGAACGAGCGCCAUGUUUUUAAUUGGACUUUUUUUUUUACAGCUACAGCAUAAAUUCAUGAAAAAUCUUCCUUUACAAUAAAAAAAAAAGUCAAAUAUGAUCUAUUUUGUGUUCAGGUGGCGUUUCAUUUCCAAAAAAAAGCCCUGUAUGAUUAA